AAGUUGGAUACCAGUAAAGACUCUAAGACAAUCCCAAUAGUGGCUAGCUUUAUGGACCACAAUGAACCUGUAUUAGCUAAAGACCAAGGUGAGGAAGAAAGAGAGCCCAAAGUUAAUAGGUUUUUUGUACAAAGAAUUAGUGGAAAUAUAGCAAAAUUAGCAGAGCACAGUAGCCAAUCAGUAAAGAAAGAUCACGAAAAAGAAAACCAGCCACCCAAAAGCCAAAAGAAAACAAAACCUACAGAUAAUUUAGAUCUUAAAAGCAACAAUUCAAUUUACAAUAUGCUGUUAAAAAUUUUAGACAGACUCAACAAGCUCGAAAACCAAAAGAGGCUUUUGGCAAGAGGCACUUUAGCUUAUUGCUCCUAA